ACCACUUAAACGCGCAUAGAACGUCCACGGCACAUAAUAUCAGCACCAGACUGAACGGAAUUUAAUAAUAUUUUGUUUUCCAAGCACACACAACACGUUGUCGUCUCGCACAAAUCAAAACAAUUUAAUCAAUUACAACAUCUAUUUAUAAGCUUUCAAGAAUAUUCAUUUAAUCAUGGGUUCGACGCGUUUGCUGGUGAAAGAUGGCGGCUUCGGCACACAGAUGACCGUGCAUGUGGGAGACUCGGUGGACGGGGAUCCGCUCUGGAGUGCUCGGUUCAAUGCCACAAAUCCGACAGCUGUCAUAAAUACACACUUGGACUUUUUGCAGAAUGGCGCUGAUAUGAUAUUGACCAACACCUAUCAGACGAGUGUCGAGGGCUACAUGGAGUACCUGGAGCUGGACGAGCAGGAGAGCAUCGAGCUGAUCAAGAAUACGGUGCGACUGGCGCACAUUGCCAAAGAGAAGUACCUGACGGAAUGCUAUGAGGCACAGCUGGCGGUGCCCGAAGGUUUCCCGCUGAUUAUUGCCUCGAUCGGACCGUUUGGCGCACAUCUGCACGAUGGCUCCGAGUACACCGGCAGCUAUGCGGACUAUGUGGAGGCGAAGACCAUAACGGAUUGGCAUCGCGUUCGCAUCGAGGCGUGCCUGGAGGCGGGCGUCGAUGCGCUGGCCAUAGAGACGAUACCCUGUCAAAUGGAGGCCGAGGCGCUGGUUGAAAUGCUCUGCGAUGAUUAUCCCGAGGUCAAAUUCUGGAUUGCCUUCCAGUGCAAGGACGAGAACACGCUGGCGCAUGGCGAAGAAUUCGCCGAGGCAGCUAAUGCUAUUUGGGAUAUACUGCGCGAACGCAAGGCGCUGGACAAGUGCCUGGCAUUGGGCGUGAACUGUGUGCAUCCCAAGUUUGUGACGCCGCUGUUCAAGAGCUUGAAUGGCGAGCGCAGUGCCGACGAGCAGAUACCCUUGGUUGUCUAUCCGAAUAGCGGCGAGGUCUACGAUGUGGCCACGGGCUGGCAGGGACGGGAGCAUUGUGUGCCGCUCGAGAACUAUGUGCCGGAGUGGUCACAGUUGGGUGCCAAAAUCAUUGGCGGCUGCUGCAGAACCUACGCGCGUGACAUUCGACGCAUUAGCGAGGCCGUGCACGCCGUAAACAAACUCAAGAAAGUUGCCUGAGAUCCCGGAAAAUGGAUCGGUGGAUCUCUCUGUUUAGAACAAAAUGCAUUUGAUGUAGGUAUUCAAUGAAUUUAGGUAUUUAGAAUGUAAGUAAAAAGUGUAUCAAAACUUUUGUACAAAAUGUCACACAACAAUAAAUAAACUAAACUUUUACUCUAAGAAA